GGUUUGCGAUUCAUGCACAAACAACACAUCGCCCAUCGGUUGACUGCAUGUAUCUGAACAUCAUGAUGGAUGCGACACCUCUAUUCAGUGACCCGUAUCACCCUCAAGAUCUUGAAAUGAAACGUGAUUACACAGAGCGGGCAAGACAUUUCACUCGUACCCAGCGUCCGCCAAAAUAUCUAUUUGUCGAUUUUGGUAUAUCACGCCGCUAUGGUCCUAAUGAUAUAGCUCCUCUGGAAGAUCCAAUAUGGGGAGGCGAUAAAACAGUUCCCGAAUUCCAGCAAUCGAACGAGCCCCGCAAUCCAUUCCCAACAGACGUAUACUAUCUGGGAAAUAUGAUCAGGAACUCAUUUUUGGUGGCCAAAGCAGGUUUUGAAUUCGUGGAACCGCUGGUGAAAGACAUGGUACAGGAUGACCCAGAAAAGCGGCCCAACAUGGAUGAAGUCAUUCUACGGUUUGAGGAGAUCAUCAAGCAACUAAGCAGCUGGAAAUUGCGAUCACGCGUCAUUAAUGAGCAGGACGACAAUAUCCUUGGUUUUUAUCGUUGUGUCACUCAUUGGGCUCGCCGCUUCAGCUUUGUUAUCAGGAGGGUGUCCGCUAUACCAACACCGUGAAACUGUCGUACCUGCUACACUUACUUCUGGAUCUAUCUGAAGAACUAGUUGGUGUGUUGGGCAUUCUACGUGCAGUCCAUAUGUCCAGUGCCUUUAAGACUGAAGUUACGUGCAGCUAGAAUGUAAUAUAUCAUCGCCCGCUGGGCAGCCCUGGACCGGCUUACCAGGAAAGACCAAAGCAAAUACUCGUGGAAUGUCC